AUUGGCAUUCCCGUAAGGAUUUAAUAGCUUGUAGACCAGUGAGGCAACACUCACAUAUCAGACUGGGAAGCAGCUCCACUGAGGAGGAUCACGGGAGUGCUGAGUUGGUGGAAAUUUGCUGAAUCCAGCCAGGAAUCAAAGAUUCCAAGAUGUUCCAAAGAUCAAAAGUAACAGAUGGGACAGCUACUGGCCAAGUGGGGAUCAAGAAAAAAUCCAAGGUUCCCGGGGUGAUGAUUACACAGUACAUUGAGACGCUCCCUGAGGGAACAAGCCAUCCAGAUUUCACACGCAAGCCAAUUGCUUUAACCAUCCAAGAAGGAAAAUUUGCUUUCUUUAAGGCCAUUGUCACUGGGGAUCCAAAGCCGACUGUAACAUGGAGCAGGAAUAAUGGAGAUGUGUCAGAUACAUCGAGAUACCAGACCAAAUAUGAUCCCAACACCAAUGAGCACACUUUUGAGAUGCCAAACGUGAAGCCAGAUCAAGCUGAUACCUACAAGUGUUUUGCUACAAAUCAGUACGGUCAAGCCAUGGUCACAGUUGUUCUAAAUAUAAUUGAAGUUGGUUACAAAAAAAACAAAGCCCAGAAACAAGCAGGCACUGAUGAGGAUUUUAAGACUGUUCUGAAAAGGAAAAGCAAGAUCCGACCAAAAUCUGAGCAACCUGAAAGAAAAGACGGGGAGAUCGAUCCCAAAUUUUGGGAGCUUUUACUUAGUGCAGAUAAGAAAGACUACGAGAAAAUCUGUGCAGAGUUUGGCGUCACUGACUUUCGCUGGAUGCUUAAGAAGCUCAAUGAAAUCAAAAAGGAGAGGGAAGACGAACAAGCAGCGUUCAUCAGAAGUCUGUCUGACCUGAAACCUAUUAGGAUGAAUGCAGAUGGCACUGCAUCCUUUGAGCUCGACAUGGAUCUCACUGAUCCUAGCAGCUCUAUAUACUUGUAUAAGGAUGGAGAAAUGAUUCCAUAUACCAAAGAGUUGGGAGAUACGCUGAAGCACAGCCUUAAACAAAUUGGAAGAAAGUAUGUUUUCAGUAUCAAGGACCUCAUGCCAGAAGAUGCUGGACUGUACCAGGUGGAUGUUGAUGAUGUCACUAUGUUUUCAACUGACUUUAAAAUCCCUGUGGUGGAUUUCUUGGUGAAAAUUCAGGAAGUGAAAGCCAAGGAGAGAGAAGAUGCUGUGUUUGAGUGUGUCUUAUCAAACCCUUUUUCAAAAAUUUUGUGGUUCGGCAAGAAUUUGCCACUUGAACAAGGGGAUAAAUAUGAUAUUGAAGUUUCAGAAGACAAACUCAUUCACCGUCUGGUGAUUAAAGACUGUAUGGUUGUAGACAAAGGAAUUUAUUCUGCCUGUGCAGGGAUUAAAUCCUGCAAUGCAUGGCUGGUUGUUGAAGCUGAUAAAGAUGGGCAAAAGGGGAAAAAGUCAGCAAGGAAAACAACGAGGGCAGGAGGAUCUGGGAUGGAUUUGCAGAAAAUUGCCCAAGAGCAACAAGCAAAAUUAGAAAAGGUGAGAGAGGAAAGAAAAGAACAGAUUAGAACUGCUCAGGAAGCUGCACCCCCAUCCCCUCCAGCUCCUGAACCCAGCAAGGCUCCAGUUAAAGCUGAACCAACAAAAGUUCCUGAACAAAAAAAGACGAGCAAACCAGCAGCAGUGGCUUCAGACCCACCAGUUGUGGAAAGCACAGAAGAAACAACAGAAGUGGAGGAGGACACAAGGAAAGAGCUUGGUAUUUCAAGUGGACUCUCUGACAUCUACGCUCUCCGUGGAAAUCCAGCUGAACUGAAUGUGAAGAUGAACAUGGACUGCGAUGGCACGUGGUUCAAAGACGAAGAGCAGUUAAAAUCUGGUGGUCAGAUCAGAAUCACCAAAGAGGGAACAUCUCAUAACUUGACAAUUCAAAGCUGUGUGGAUGACAACUCUGGAGUUUAUCGGUUUGUAUCGGGGGAGCUGAGUACACAAGGAAAAGUCACAGUUGGAGAUGUACCUGCGUUUGAUGACGAUGACCUUCACAAGUUCUCCAAGCCCGUGAUAGUAAGAGUUGGCCAGAACGCUGCUUUUAAGAUGCCCUUUCCACCUCAGGAGUCUCUGGUGAUCAGCUGGUUUAAGGAUGGCAUUGAGAUCAAAGAUGGAGGAGGUGUGAAGAUUGUGAGGGAGCCAAAUCACAGCCGGUUGCUACUGAGAGACUGCCUGCGGACAGACACAGGGGAAAUAAAGAUCCAACUCAAAAACCCAUUUGGUGCUGUAGAGGCCACAUCUCGCCUUAUUGUUCUUGAUCGGCCAGAUCCACCAGAGGGUCCAGUAGAGAUUGUUGAAACCACGUCAUCAGUGAUCGAGAUCAAGUGGAGCCCACCCAGAGACGAUGGUGGCUCUGCUGUAACCAACUACAUUAUAGAGCGACAGCAGGCGGGACAGAGUCUGUGGACAAAACUUGGGGAUGUCUCAGCAGAAAAAAAUACCUUCAGAGACAGGAAUGUGACUCAUGGGAAGAAAUACAACUACCGCAUCUACGCAGAAAAUCCUCAGGGCAUCAGCGACUCCCUGGAGACGGCUGAUAGCAUUAUGGCUGGCAUAAUGAUUCUAUCUGGCCCACCUGGAGCACCAGAAGUGGUAAGUGCCUCAAAAGCCUGUAUAAACUUGACCUGGACCCCUCCAGAGGAUGACAGAGGUGUUCCAAUUAUUGGUUACCAAGUGGAGAAACGUAAGAAGGACACAAAUGAAUGGAUUACCCUGAAUGCACUAAAUGACCCCAUAAAAGGUGUGAAAUAUGCAGUUAAAGAUAUUACUGAAGGAGCAGAGUAUGAGUUUAGGGUUUCGGCAAUUAAUGAAUCCGGCUCAGGAGAUCCGAGUCCUCCAUCUGCAAUGGUGUGUGCCAAGAAUCCCAACAUGAGACCUUGUUUUAGGAACCCAGAGGAUUUCAUUGUUGUCAGAGCAGGAAAUUCUGCACGUGUCAAAAUUUGUUACGAGGCUGAACCUCCUCCUGAGAUCACUUGGCUAAAGGAUGAUGAGCCAAUAUCCCCAUGGAUUAAUGUCAUCAAUACAGAGGGAAUGUCUCAGCUCGUUAUACCCUCAUCAAAGCGCUCUGAUUCAGCCAUCUACACCAUUAAAGCUAAAAACUCCGUGGGAGAGGCCUCAUUCGAUAUUGAGGUCAGAGUCACAGAUGAACCCAAGUCUCCAGGUCCAGUCGAGCUGGAGCAGACAGUCCAUGAUAAAUUGGUGGUAUCAUGGGCUCCUUCACCAGACCAGGAACUUGACGACAGAAUGUAUUAUGUGGUUUCCCAAAAUGACUCCAAAAUGAGAGUCUGGAAGACUGUGGCCGACCGCCUCUUCACUAACACAUACACAGUAAACAACAUCCUUCCUGGAAUACAGUACCAUUUCCGAAUCUACGCCAAGAAUGAUAUGGGUCUGUCAGAACCAUCCGAGUCACCCACGUGGGGCUUCAACAGCAACAGAGUUCCAAUAACUUCAAAUGGAGUUGGUUCAUCUGAGAUUUGCUUUGAGAGGCCUCCAUCCAUCUUGGUUCCUUUGAAAGUCCACACCCACCCUAAAGGUUACCAAGUCUACAUGACCUGUGCUGUGCGAGGACACCCAACGCCCACAGUGUCCUGGUACCUUAAUGACAUCUGCAUCAACUCCGACAGUAACUACUACAUCACCAACUGCUUUGGUGUGUGCUCCAUGCAUAUUCUUAGAGUCCGACCAAAGGACGGCGGUGUAUACAAAGUGGUUGCUGUUAGCUCUUUAGGUGAAGCAGAGUGUUCAACUAAACUAAUUGUUGAAGACUGAAAUGCCUGGAAGUUUCUCCAUUAAAGUACAGAGGUCAACUGUUUUGGUAGACUUUGUAGACUACGUGUCAGAUUGCAAUGUAGUCAAUAAAUAAUAUCUAAAGUGUAUUUGUAACAUAUUUUAAACUAAACAGAUUUACAAUGUUUAGCCAUCAUUAUAAAGAAGU